AUUCCCAGCCUGCAGUUGCUCCACAAGUUCUGAGAACUGCACUGGGGCCUACCUUGCCCCACUCAGCUCCACCCCACCCCACCCUCCCGAUCCCUUAAGACAGAGCUCCCCAGGGCGAAGUGCGGUCCAGUGACAGAAAAAGUCCUCAGCUGGUGGGCGUUGUGGCCACGCAUGGACACCCAACCACACAAAAGGAAGACUUUUGUCCCCUUCUUGUCAUUCUGAACGACUGAGAACCCCAGAGUCCUGGCUCCAUCAUUACACAGGAAGCUGAGGACUUCCUCCUACUCUGUUGAGACCUUGAACCUUGAACACAAAGACUCUAAACGCUCUAGAAACAAAGACUCUGUGGACAAAGCUCCUUGACGCCAGAAGCCCACUGCCCUUAAUAGCAAAGGAAUUCAGAAACCAUCUUCCUGAACCUGUGAGAGAAGCCAGGAUGGAAAACACCACCUCCCCCCAAAACUAUGAUGUGACCACAGAAUAUGACUAUGGGGCUGCAACCCCAUGCAAGAAAGAUGACUUGAGAGCUUUUGGGGCUCAGCUGAUGCCCCCAUUGUACUCCCUGGUAUUUGUCGUUGGCCUGGUCGGCAACAUCCUGGUGGUCCUGGUCCUCAUGCAAUACAAGAGGCUCAAGAGCAUGACCAGCAUCUACCUUCUGAACUUGGCCUUCUCUGACCUGCUCUUCCUCUUCACGUUGCCCUUCUGGAUUGACUACAGCCUGAAGGAUAAUUGGGUGUUCGGCAAUGGCAUGUGCAAGCUGCUGUCGGGGUUUUAUUACGUAGGCCUGUACAGCGAGAUCUUUUUCAUCAUCCUGCUGACCAUCGACAGGUACCUGGCCAUCGUCCACGCCGUGUUUGCGCUGCGGACCAGGACCGUCACUUUUGGUAUCAUCACCAGCAGCAUCACCUGGGUCCUGGCCAUCCUGGCUGCCAUCCCGGGCUUUCACUUUGCUAAGACACAGCAGGAGUUCACUGGUUAUACCUGUAGCCUUCACUUCCCUCAAGAACAACUACAACAGUGGAGACGGUUCCAGGCUCUGAAGCUGAACAUCCUGGGGCUGAUUUUGCCUCUGGCGGUCAUGAUCGUGUGCUACGCGGGGAUUAUCAACAUCCUGCUCAAGCGGCCCAAUGAGAAGAAGGCCAAGGCCGUCCGUCUGAUUUUUGUCAUCAUGCUCAUCUUCUUUCUCUUUUGGACGCCCUUCAAUCUGAGUAUGUUUUUUUUUGCUUUCCAAGAUGUCAUAUUGUCCAAUCAGUGCGUGCAGAGCAAACAGCUGGACGUGGCCGUACAGGUGACAGAGAUGAUUGCCUACACGCAUUGCUGCAUCAACCCCAUCAUCUACGUCUUUGUCGGCCAGAGGUUCCGCAAGUACCUGCGCCAGUUGUUCCACCGGCUCCUGGCCAUGCCCGUGGUGAAAUGGCUCCCUGCCUUCCGUACUGACAGGCUGGAGAGGGCCAGCUCCAUGUCUCCCUCCACGGGGGAGCACGAACUCUCUAAUGGGUUCUGACUUAGGCCCUGGCAAGAGUGACCUGCCAGGCACACUGGCUGCAGAGGAGGCAGCUCAGAGUCUGACCACUGGUGCAGCGUGGACCAGAUGCCCCUGCCCCCCGCCGGGGGUGAGGUCUAGACUAAAUCACUUCUGGGACUUGAGUCUUCUCCGUAAACUUCUCCCUGGAGAUGAGUGAGUGAACUGGGACAUUCCAGAAGGUGGGACAAAGGGUGAUGGUGAAGGUCUUGGGCCCCAAACAGGGUUGCAGAUUUGUGAACAUUAACACUUGCAACCAAAGCCACUGAGCAGCCCCCAUCUUCUCCCCCACCACCAAUGAACUUGGAAAUAGUGAUUUCAGCAGUUGACUUGGCCCACAGCUGGGAGCUAGCAGCUGCUGCUGCUCCCUGCCCCUGCAUAAUCCUCGAUUGCAGGGUUUAGGCUCUUGGAAACCUUGAGGAAUAAGGGACUCAUGACCUUGAGACCUAGCAAGGAAUAGGAAUAGGGAACUGCUAUUGGCAGCGGAAUUUCCCUUAGAGAAAAUUCUUCUAUUCACCAAAAGCAAACCACUCAGGCAGUGGGUUAGACAAAGGCUGUGUGUAUAAUGUGUGGUACUUCUGGAAACAGCCUCAGAAGGAAGGGAAUUGUUAUUCCCGUGACCAUUCCUUUCUUUCUGAAUAUUUUCACAAUCUCCCAUCCCUGGCAGUCAGGCGAUGCAGCAGGAAAUUCUGAUGGCUUUAUUGCAGAAGUUAUCAAGGGGGCAGGGGAGACAGGGUUGAUUUUCUUCCUCUGGUUCUCUGGUUCCACGGACCAGAGCCCUGGCUACCACCUUGCACCCAUCCUCAGAAAACUGACCAGUGCACCAGCUGACAGCGUCUGCGGCUGGAACAGAGGAGAACGUGGACCAGGCAGGUGGGCUGGGGACUCUGCCUUGAUGUAGGAGGUGGAGAAGGCUCUUCCCUCAAAGAAACGUAUUUACCCUAAACGUCUCUAACACUUCAUCUCCCAGCAAAGCCCUCCUAUUUUUCAUGUCUCUGUUCUCUUGUUCUUCAGACUUAGAUUUCCUUAAAACUCAGUUUCCCAGGAGCAAAAACUAUUUCUAAAAAUGCUUAAAAACACUUAGGGAAAAAAACCCCAGACAUCAAGACCACCCAUAAGUCCUACUACCCCAAGGCAGCCACUGUAUAUUUUUGAUGUGCUUUCUUUUGGCUUGUAUCUUCUCUUUGUGCAUGUUUAUGACUGUAACCAAGAUGGACUUCUGUACCCCCUACUCACUUCUGGACCCCCCUUCUGCCCUUGUUGAUUUUAAGUAGUAGUAUGUCUGAUCCCUCUUCCAGGUCAAUACAUUAUUUCAAAGCA